AUGGUGUACAACAUUACCUACCGUCGACCUUCGUUCGUUCCGUCUUCCCGCGACUCGUUGUCUGGCAACGAGAAACGGGGUUCGAUUGAUGGCUCCGUAACGUCUGGAAGUUCUGGCAUGUCGCAUGGCAUUCCUGACGCCCUUUCGUUUGAUAGAAUCAUCGCUGGAGGGGUCUGCCCUCCCUGUACAGUCCGCGAUUUCAUGAACUAUCUCAAGUAUAUCGAGCUGUCUGCUGAGAACCUCCAAUUCUUCCUUUGGUAUCGCGACUACGUGAAACGCUUCAAUGAAACACCCGCGAAGGAGCAGGCAUUGGCUCCCGAGUGGACUGAGGUGCAAUCUGAGGCCGAAGCGCAGACUCAAGGCAGAUCGAAGAACAUGAACUCGGAUGCUGUAGCUAUACUCAAUGGCACAGACUUCGCGGGCGGUCCAAAGGUUACCGAGGGUGAGAAGGUCAAUCCAUUCUAUACGCCACCACGCACUCCAUCCGAGGGCAGACAAGAGGCACUUUCAUCCGACGAGUCUACCUAUGAGAGCACAGUCUCGGAAGGGAAAACGGACCAUGCCAAGAGGGCAGAGGGCGCUUUUCAGGAUGCUAAUCUGAAGUGGAAGCCAUUGUCUAUUCAGCCGUAUCGCGAGGAAAUAACCAGGAUCAUUUCCAUCUACAUUGCAGAUGGUGGUUCCCGUCAGCUCAAUCUUUCGUCGAGAGAGAGGGCGUCUCUUCUUCAUGCUCUUCAGAACACUACCCACCCAUCAGCAUUCCGUGAAGUCAUUACCACCGUUGAAUGGUCUUUGAGGUGCCAGGCACAUCCUAAUUUCAUCCGGUGGACGAUCUGUAACGGCAACCGUCCCCGUGUCAUUUUUGCUCGUGGCCUGGGCAUUGGUGGAAUUGUCGGUGGCCUUGUCGCUGCAAUUCUCAUUACUCUGAGCAGCGCGGGACGCGGCUGGCGAGUCCUCUCGUUCAUUGGCUUCAUGAUCGGCAUCUCUACUCUUAUCGCUGCCUGGAAGGGCAUGUGUGUUGUUCUCCACGGUAUGCACCACCGCCAUCUCCGACCAUGGGAGCUCUUCGCCUCGGACGAUGAGCCCGAAGGUGUCGACAUGAAAUCCGAUUCUAUCGAGAGCCUGGCGUCCGCCAACUCCAGUAACAGCUGGGAAAAUGAGCCGUGGGUGGCCAAGUACGAAAAGCGCAACCUCAUCCGUAAAGUCUUCGACCGUGAAGUGUGGGUUCAAGAGCCAGCUCUACGGCAGAUCCAGGACACCAUUUUCCUUCAGGCCAUUCUCGGCGCCUUCGUCAUCUCCGCCGUUUCGGUAGGCAUAUUCUGCGCUUUUCCAAAAGGCAAUUUCUUUUAG